AUGUACGACACCAAUCCGAAAGGUUUUCGUGAUAUGCGCGCUCAGAAACGACUAGCAAAUUCCACACAGAAGCGGGGGAUAUUGAACAUAUGGUGUCCUGUCCGACACUUUAGACGAGGAGGGAAACAAAGACGAAACCAGUCGCAUGACGCCAAUUGCGUACAAUACGGCAUGAAGGCCUAUUGGGCCGAUAUGCAGGAUAUACAAGAAGCAGAUUGGACUCAGCCGGAUAAGUUGGGGUUCAUCGAAGGGGAUCCUGAACUUUGCGAUACGGUGUAUUGGGACUGUGGCUUUGAUGGACAUAACAUCUUACUGUACGGCGAGCACGAUCCAGAAGGGGAGGUGGAGGUUCAGGCUAUAUUGGCUGGGAGGUUGGACACGUCGCCAGCGUACACCUUGCGCCACAUAUGGGAGGAGGAAGAUGCCCCUAGCUUUAGUGGGAGCGGGUUUUGGGACGCAUUCGAACACUCGUUGGGUUCGUCAGGGGUCGUCGUCCGAGACGAUGACGCUCAGAGUACUAUGAGUGAUUUCGACAAGAUGUCUGAUUUUCCUGGAGCAUUUCCAGAUCAAGGUUAG